GUGUAAUUGAGCACUAUUCAUUUGACUAGUAUUGGUCUUUUGUUCCAGUGGUUCACUUCCGACACCAUGUACAUCCUCUGAUCACCAGAUAUCAGAAUGUCAGCCCUCAUCUUGCCCCAAACCGAAAAUCAUCCAGUAUGUGUGCUCGGCGGCGGCGUUCUGGGACGACGUAUCGCCUGUGCGUGGGCAGCCGGGGGCUAUGACUGCAACAUCCGUGAUCCAGACGAAGAACAACGUGCGAGUGCAGUACGUUAUUUUGAGACCAGCAUUUCGACGUUUCUGGCGGCAGAAGGUGGCGCUUGUGGGACUGUACGUGCAUACGAUGACCUCGAGACGGCGGUCAAGGAUGCCUGGCUUGUCAUUGAGUGCUUCCCGGAACGACUCGACUUCAAAGUGAAUAUGUGUACAGAGCUUGAGAGGCAUGCACCAAGAGACGCGAUGAUGUGUACAAUUUCAUCGAGCUAUGUGUCGAGGGAGGCGCUCGAAAAGGUAGGCGACGAGACAAAGAAAGGGAUUUGUAAUAUGCACUGGACGAUGUCUCCUCAGAAUAAGAUGGUCGAACUCAUGACAGAUGGACAAACUGAUGAACGCGUAUCUUCCUUCCUUUCGCAGCGCCUGGCGGAGAUUGGCUAUCUACCUGUACAGGCUCGCAAUGAACCGACAGGCUUUGUGAUCAGUCGCAUGUGGGCGGCGAUCAAGCGCGAGGCACUCAUGAUCGUAUCUCAAGGAGUUGCAACCCCUGAGGAAUUGGACUCGGUGUGGGCUGAGAUGUAUACAAAGAACACCGCUGGGCCUUGUAAGAUGAUGGACGCUGUCGGUCUAGACACUGUAUCUUUCGUUGAACAGCACUAUGCCAAAGAGAGAAACUUACCCACCGAGCAUACCGUCGACUACCUCCAGAGAUACAUUGAUGAAGGCAAGCUUGGUACGAAAUCCAGCAAAGGUGGCUUGUAUCCUCCUGGUACGGCUCAAGAGACUGCUCAGAAUUCCGCUGAUCACCGCGACGCGUUGCAUGCUCCCACAAUAUACUUCCUUGAUAUCGGCCUUAGCAACUCGCCCAAGGACUUCUUUAACAAAGGUCGUAUCCUAAUGGGAGGGACCGAUGGACGCCCACUCAAGACUUUAGUCGACAGGCAGCACAUGCCCGAUGGGAUUGCGAUAUCACUGAACCUGGGUAAAAUAUUCUGGACAAGCAUGGGCAUACCGUCCGCGAAUGACGGUUGUGUCUAUUCCACUAACCUCGAUGGCUCCGACAUCCAGGUUGUCGUCCCUGUUGGAAACAUCCAUACAGGUAAGCAAAUAACAAUAGACCGCGUAAACAAGAAGCUUUACUUCUGCGAACGCGAAGGUCUCCGUGUGAUGCGCUGUAAUGGUGAUGGCUCCAACCAUGAGGUCCUCGUGCAAAACGGCGACUGGCGCAACCCGGACGAGAUGAAAGAUCAGAUGCGCUGGUGUGUUGGUAUCGCUGUUUCACCAUCAACAGGCCAAUUCUACUGGACGCAGAAAGGCUACUCGAAGAGCAACCAAGGCAAGAUCAUGCGCGCUAAUAUCGAUUUCCCUGCUGGCCAGAACGCGACAAAUCGGACUGAUAUAGAAUGUGUGUUUCAGAAACUUCCUGAAUCCAUCGAUCUCGAAUGCGAUGAAGAAGGUCAUAUCCUAUACUGGUCGGAUAGAGGAGAGCUGCCGAUUGGAAACUCGAUCAAUCGAGCGUCUUUUUCCAGGCUAAGAGCAAUCACGGACCCCAGUGUAAAGAGUAUGCCGGAGGAGCACUAUGAUUUAAUCGCACGCAACAUGCACGAGACGAUCGGGCUAGCUGUUGAUAUGAAGAACAAAUACAUCUACUGUACGGAUCUUAGUGGGACGCUGUACCGGUUCAAUUUGGAUGGAGGUGGCAGGAGGAAGUACUAUGACGGAGAAGGGUCUUUUACUGGACUUGCCCUGAUGCAUGUAUGAUAUGUC